AUGGAUUCCUCCGCCGUGCUCCUGAGCAGGCCUGCGCCCGACCGGCCAGGGCUGCCCUUAGCGUUGGCCCAGUUUAUAGCUCAGACAUCGUGCUCGGGUUAUACCAACUUUCAUGACGAGCCACUGUCAAAGCCAGGAGUCGAAGACUCAAUACGGGCGGUUGAACAGGAUACGCCGCGGACUGAGUCUCCACAGCGACCACCCCAAAGGGAGCAAACGCCGACGACAGACAGGGAACAGGAUGCCCCGCCUGUCGACUGGCUGGCGACUCGAUAUCAACUUCUACCAAGGAGGAAUCAGGGCAGAAAGGCCGACUGGAUCUGCGCCUGGAGCGAGGCAGUCAGCGCGCAUGGCGAAACAACGUACUGCGCCUGCUCGGAACCCGUUGACGGGGACACCGUCUCGAAAAAGAGGUCAAGCGGGCUCGCAGGCAAUGUCAAGGCAAUUUUGCAGGUGAAGAGCCACGGCGAUAAGCCCGCGGCCGAUCUCGAGCAAGACAUAUGCGAGCAUUGCUGCAGGCCGGCGCCGCCUCCCGGUGGCAAUCCUGCAAGCUCGGUGGGCGAGAGAUUGAGGCUACCGCGAGGUCGUAGCUUCACUAGGAAGAUGAGCAGCCUACUUGAGCGCUUGAAGGCUCGCCAGAGUAGGCACGGACGUGGACCAUCCGCCGAGGUUGGGAAUCAGACUUGGCCCAAGGACUAUCAGCCAGAAUGGGCGACAGUUCAAAGACGGGCCUUGGUAAAGCCGCCCAGCCCAACAGUUGAAAAGUCACGCAGCAUGGACAUUUUCCCGUUAUUCAACCGCCCUCGGAUUGCCACGCCCUCGUCCGAAUCCACCGGCCUCAGCGACUCGGAUAUGCCACGGGCGACCGAGGGUCUAUCGAGAAGCAUGAGCCGCCUCAAACGGGCGGCCGCUUUGCUCCAGCGGACUAGCAAACCGCACUUGGCCAAAUGA